AGAGGUGGGCCACGGGUUCAGCAAGGAAGCUUGCGGAGAUUCAGUCAUGAAAGGUGAACUGCUUCUGCUUUCCAGUGUGAUCUUCCUGCUCCGGGUGGUGUGUGGCUGCCCCACGAGGUGCCGCUGUCACUCACCCUCACGGUCUGUAGACUGCAGCCGGCAGGGUCUGGCUGAAAUCCCUCCCGAUUUGCCUCCUCAGACCCUAGCGCUGCACUUGCAAGAUAACCAGAUACACCAGCUCCCUGCUUUUGCAUUCAGGUCGGUGCCACACCUCAGGACCCUGAACUUGUACAACAAUUCCCUUUCAGAUCUGGCCCCUGGAGUCUUCCAUGGACUUCAGCACUUGCAGGUCUUAAACCUAACCCAGAACUCCCUGCAUUCUCUGGAAAGCAGACUUUUCCAUUCCCUCCCACAGCUGCGGGAGCUUGAUUUGUCAUCAAACAACAUAAGCCACCUUCCCAUAUCCCUGGGUAAGCCUUGGGAAAACCUGACGGUAUUUGCAAUUCAACAAAACCAGCUUCAGCAGCUUGAUCGAGAGCUCCUAGAAUCCAUGCCCAACGUGAGGCUUUUAUUUCUCAAGGACAACCUCUGGAAAUGCAAUUGCCACCUGCUCAGUCUUAAACUCUGGCUGGAGAAAUUUAUCUAUAAAGGGGGAAUAACAGACAGUGUCACCUGUGCGUCACCCGACACCUGGAAGGGGAAGGACCUCCUGAAGAUCCCUCAUGAGCUGUACCAGCCCUGCCCUUUCCCUUCUCUGGGUGUGGGGACAAGGGGGGUGCAGCAGCUGGGUUCUGCCCACCGGCCGGGCCCCGGGUCUCCUGAGAGCCCCAGCACGGGGCAGCGAGACCACUCGGAAUGUGAGCUCAAACCCAAGCCGAGGCCGGUUAACCUGCGUCACGCGGUGGCCACUGUCGUCAUCACCGGGGUUGUGUGUGGGAUCGUGUGUCUCAUGAUGCUGGCGGCCGCCAUCUACGGCUGUACCUAUGCGGCUGUCACAGCGCAGUACAAUGGGGGGCGCUUGGCUCAGACGGACGAGCCUGUGAAGAUGGAAGGGAAAGGGCCGCAUGACCUCGCACAAGCCUGA